AACACGAGGAUCAGCCAGAGCUCUUCAAAUUUCAAUCUGGAUUCAGAGAAAUAGAUAAUAGAAUACAUCAAACAGCACGGAGAUGUUCUCACUCUUUUAUGGACUUUGGAAGUACCUGUUCAGUAAGACAGAGCUUCAUGUGCUCAUUCUUGGAAUUGACAAGUCUGGGAAAACGACUCUGCUGGAGAAGUUGAAAUCAUUAUACUCAAGCUUGGAAGGUCUACCCCCUGAUCGAAUUGUUCCAACUGUGGGACUCAACAUUGGUCGAAUUGAAGUAGCAAAUACAAAGCUUGCAUUCUGGGACCUGGGAGGUCAGCUGGGUCUUCGCUCGAUAUGGGAGAAAUAUUAUGAGGAAGCACAUGCUGUGAUAUAUGUAAUUGAUGCUGCAUGCCCUUCUCGUUUUGAAGAUUCAAAGUCUGCACUUGAAAAGGUUCUUCGACAUGAGGAUUUGCAAGGAGCUCCUCUUCUGAUAUUAGCAAACAAACAGGAUCGUUCAGAAGCUGUGUCAGCCGAAGAACUUGCAAGAUAUCUAGAUCUUAAGAAAUUGGAUGAAAGGGUAUACAUGUUUGAAGCUAUUUCAGCUUAUAAUGGUAUGGGGAUUAAAGAAGGUUUGGAAUGGCUGGUGGAGGUAAUGGAGAGAAGCAAGAGAACUGAAAUUCUGAGAGUUCGCGCAGGUCUAACAGGCCCUGGUGCUUAGAGGAAAACCACAAGAAGUUGCAGUUAUUGGCCGUGCUUUUGUAGCUUGUGUGAAUAAAUGAUGGCUUAAUUAGAUUCUACAUUGAUUAAUUGCUAAAUCAAUUUUGUAUGCCUCCGCGGCAUGGUUGUUGCUUUCCAUUGUUUCGCUUGCAAGUAUUCUUGCAUUUCAUUCAUACAAAUUGUAGAAAAAUGUUAUUUAAAUGAGAAAUGAAUUCAUUUGCAAUGG